AUGGAUAGAUGCAGUGAUUUGCAAGCUAUACCACAAAGUGAAUUGGAACGCGUACUUGGAAAGAAAGUUGGUGAUCAGCUGUAUAAACUAUGUCGAGGUCUGGAUGAUGGCAAGAACUUCAUAGCCAGUACUAUUCGCAAGAGCGUAUCUUGUGAUAUCAAUUAUGGGAUUCGAUUCACGAAGAAAAGCGAGGUUGCCCAUUUUCUACACGUGAUUGGUCAAGAACUAGAAAAGAAGCUAAAACAGGCAAGAAUGGUCACCAGCUCGGUCACUCUAAAACUCAUG